CUCGUUCCUAAACCCAACUCAACCGCACAAAGAACACGACACAACCAUGUCAACGCCUCCACUGCCUGCUUUCGUCGACUCUGAGGUCCUCAAGGCCCUUAUCGAGGACAAGACUAAGGUGCCUGGAAAGGAUUACCUCGUCAUUGAUGUUCGCGAUGAGGAUCGCGUGGGUGGCCACAUCCCCGGAAGUGUCAAUAUCCCAUCCAAACAGCUCCCGGACCAACUCCCAGCCUUGGUUAGACAGUACGCGGAUGUGCCGCAGCUUUUCUUCCACUGCGCACUAUCACAGAUUCGUGGACCCAAAGCAGCCGCGCGUUGGUCUGAGGCCGUUACUGAACGAGGUGGUGACAGCAGCAGCAUUAAGAUCCUGCGCGGUGGAUUUGGCGACUGGCAGCGCAAGCACAAGGACGACAAGAACCUUGUCGAGGCGUAUGAGGCUGAGUACUGGAUUGAGGACUAUUGAACGUGGUCAUUGGAACAGCCGAGCGGGCCGGUUAGGCUGGAUGAGGAAAUGUCGACAUUGUGGUUAUCGCCUUAUGGUGAUAGACAAAGCGGCAAGGACGACUCGCUGGCAUACAAGAAAAGUCAGUAAAAGUAAACACUCUAUUCCCACAUUGCAAAGAUGAUAGCAAUUGUACCUUCAAAUAAAAGACACCAUGUAAAGGAAA